UGAGAGCCCACUAUUUAUUCUGGUGAGAGUCUGUGUAGAUAGGAUCUUACAAUCCCCUCAUCUGCUUCAAAUAAUAACUAGAUUGAGUAGAACCUAAGAUUGAGACAACAAGGAGGAAAGAAAAAAAAAAAAAAAAAAAAAGUUGAUCAUAGAAUUUCUCAGGGAAGAGAACAGAGUCGGCGGCAAAUUAGAUAGUGACAGGAACAGGCAAUGCUGUGAUUAUUUGCGACUCAACUAACCAUUGCAGAGUGUAUCAUAGCUAAAUUUGAAAUAAUUUAAGAAGAAAUGAAGGAGAACUUAGAACGGAACGAAAAGGAAUGCAUGAAGAUCGCUAUACUGAAGCAUGAAGAAACAUUCAGACAACAGGUUCGUGAACUCCACCGCCUUUAUCGUGUUCAGAAGCAGCUAAUGACACAUAUGAAGGACGCAAAUCAGCCAUCUUAUCAUUACUCGGAUCGGACGAAGCCUUCGUUUGAAGUCCCUGCACAAGAAUAUAAUGAGAAUGAAUAUGAAGAGAGUGAUCUAGAGCUGACACUCGCAACAGGAAUCAGCGGAAACCAGAAGAGAAGGAAAGAGACAUCACUUACUACGGAUUCUGGGCCGAGCUUUUCUUCAUCUUCGACCGACUCUGGGGGGCAGAUAGUAAAUAACAACAGACGGGGACUGUUUCAGCAAUCUAAUGUAGCUCCGAGGCUUCAGAAUGAGAGGAAGAGCGGAUUUAAUAUCGAUGAUCAUAUGAAGCAGGAUGGGCUAAAGCAUCCUCCUUGGUUCUACCAAUGUUUAAAUUUGAACAUAGCAUAGCAUAAUGAACUUAAUUUUGCAUAUAGUUUAUCUGUAUCUUCCUAAUUUGUGGUUACAGCGAAGUAAAACAUUCCAAUUUCAAGUUUAGAA